AUGGUUUUACGUAGGGAUGAGCACGGGUAUACCUGUUUUCAGGGGAUGGGUAUACCUGUAGGAAAACUUUCUCUAUACACAGCUUUGGGAGGAGUCCGUCCAUCUGCAUGCUUGCCUAUUACUAUUGAUGUCGGGACGAACAAUGAGAAGUUGUUAAACGAAGAGUUUUACAUCGGCCUCAGGCAAAGGAGGGCGACUGGACAGGAAUAUGAUGAACUUCUUCAUGAGUUCAUGUCUGCAGUUGAGCAGAAUUACGGGGAGAAAGUCCUGAUACAGUUCGAAGAUUUUGCAAACCACAAUGCAUUUGAGCUGUUGGCAAGAUAUAGUUCUAGUCAUCUCGUUUUCAACGAUGACAUACAGGGUACCGCAUCCGUGGUGCUGGCCGGGCUUAUUGCGGCCCUGAAAUUACUCGGCGGAACUCUCGCUGACCAUAGGUUUUUGUUCCUUGGUGCUGGAGAGGCCGGAACCGGUAUCGCAGAGCUAAUAGCUCUUGAGAUGUCAAAGAAGACUGGAAAUCCGAUCGAAGAGAAUCGCAAGAAGAUUUGGCUCGUAGACUCAAAGGGGUUGAUUGUCAAAGCCCGUAAGCGGUCACUUCAACACUUCAUGAAACCGUGGGCUCAUGAGCAUGAACCUGUCACGAAACUUGUCGAUGCCGUCAAGGCAAUCAUACCAACGGUCUUGAUUGGAACAUCUGGAGCGGGAAGACAGUUCACAAAGGAAGUUGUUGAAGCAAUGGCGGUCGACUUGCAGAAUCCUCUUAUCAUGGCUCUAUCAAACCCGACCUCACAAGCCGAAUGUACAUCAGAAGAAGCAUAUACAUGGAGUGAGGGUCGUGCAAUCUUUGCAAGUGGAAGCCCAUUUGACCCCUUUGAAUACAAUGGCGAAGUCUUCGUGCCCGGCCAGGCAAACAAUGCUUACAUUUUCCCUGGAUUUGGUUUGGGAUUGAUAACAUCCGGUGCGAUCCAUGUACACGACGACAUGCUUUUGGCAGCCUCGGAAGCUUUGGCGUCGCUAGUGACAGAGGAACACUUUGAAAAGGGAUUAAUUUACCCACCAUUCUCCAAUAUGAGAAAGAUCUCAGCUAACAUUGCCGCGAAGGUUGCUGCCAAGGCAUACGAGCUCGGGUUGGCAUCUCACCUUCCUCAGCGGAAAGAUUUGGUUAAAUACGCAGAGAGCUGCAUGUACAACUCUGGCUAUAGAUCCUACCUCUGA